CAACCCAACCCCCCCAUGCAAAUGCCGCAAACGCGCCAAACGCGGCCAAAUCGCCAAGGCACGCAAAGAACGGCGCGCGCCGUCUGACCUGCCUGAAGAGGCAAUUCGCCGGCACAAGCUCGCGCGGCGGCAGAGCCGCGCGGGACGCGUGCUUGGCGGGCCAAAUCGUCAUCAUCAUCAUGCCUGCUCGCUGCUUGCGGAAGGAGCGCCGUUCGUCGCGGCUGGGGGAGGCAGGAUGGGGCAUGACGAUGCGACAAGAGCGGCGGCGUCAUAAGCAAAAAAGAAAAAAUGGGAUGCCAGUGAUGAUCGAUCAGAUCAGCGCAAUGGCAUGCAUGCCGAUGGCUGUCUGGCGGGCUAAAAGCAGCUACUGCACAGCUAGUUUUUUCCUUCUUCCCACUCUUCGUGUUUGUGGUGGAGUUGGUGGUUGGGGUGGCGGCGCGGAAUGAGAGAAUGAGACGUCAAGAUUGGAGAAGUGCAUGGGGGGGGGCGCAGCCACGGCUGUGUCGAUCUCGAUGAUGAAGGAACA